UAAUUCCACCAUUUGGAUAACUCCCAUUAUGGAUUCCAUUCCCCUCCCCCCCCCCCCCCUCUUUUAUAAAACCCAUUCUUCCGCAUCAAUCUAAAAAACAUAAUCUCCCAAUGGCCAUUUCAACUCCAUCGUCCUUCUUUACCUCCCCCAAUUCCCCCCUCACUUCACACCCAUCACCACGACCGGUUUCAACCUCGGUACAGUUCGGAAGAUGGCGGAUUUCCGCCGCGUACGCUACUGCCGAGAGGGUGGAGACGGAAUCAAUUCGAUCGUUCAUGAAUGCGGCCCCGUCUUCGUUGUAUGACGUGCUCGGGAUUCGAAUGGGAGCCGAUGCACGAGAGGUGAAAGCUGCGUACCGUAGAUUAGCCAGAGUUUUGCAUCCGGACGUCGGAAGUCAUGACUCGUCGGCGGAUGAGUUCAUGAAAGUGCACUCAGCGUAUUCUACGCUCGCAGAUCCAGCAAAACGAGCGGAUUACGAUCGCAGUCUGGCGCAGAGGCGGGUGGGUGGUCCGUCUCCAAUGAGAUCUGGCGGCGCAUACAAGAGUCGCAGAUGGGAGACGGACCAGUGUUGGUAGAUCCUUGAAAUUGGAUCGUCAUUUUAGAGAAGUUGAGCUUGUAAAUAUGCCGAUUUCGGUGGUUUCAACCAUUUUCGCAAUACUUCGCCAUGAUUUUGAAGCCAAAGUAUUGAAUUUAUGGGAUUAUGAUUUUUCAUAUAAUGUACCUCAUCAAGUGUAGUUUCUUAUGAUUUGGUUUUCGUUUUCAUAAGGUUUUAUUCAUCUAAAAUCUAUAGC